CCAGGGCUCAAUCUUCCUGACCUUAGGGGGCGCCAGGCCCUUUUCCAUUUCAGGGGAGAGCCAGCCGACCUCUCCUGCACGGGGUACUGACCCCAGCCCCUGGCAUGGGGCUCGGCUCCCGCCAUCGGCCGCCCCCGGCUCUGUAUCGGGGGACGCGGAGCCCCGCGGGGGCGCUCUGCUGCGCAGGGAGGGAAGUGUCCUCGCGGCCGCCGGUGGCUCGCUGACGGCGGCCUGGGCGGAGAGUGUGCGCCUGCGCGCCGGGCUCUCGGAGGGACGUGGCCCGGUUGCCUGGGGCCGGAGAAGCGCGGCGAGCUUGGGGGCAAGGCAGCGGGACAGGCCGGGCGAGGAGCUCCGAGGCGGCGGCGGCUGCGGGCCGGGCUGCACUGGAAGCCGAUGUUCGCACUCCGGCCCCCCGGCCAACGCUUCCAAGGUGGCGACAGACAAGGUUGCAGGAAAGCUGAGUUCUACUCUCUCAUGGGUGAAGAACACUGUAUCGCAUACUGUCAGUCAAAUGGCCAGUCAGGUGGCAAGUCCAUCUGCCUCAUUACACACUACAUCCUCCUCUACCACUCUUUCUACUCCAGCACUAUCACCAUCCUCACCAACACGGUUGAGUCCAGAUGAUUUAGAAUUAUUGGCUAAACUAGAGGAACAGAACAGACUGUUGGAAACAGACAGCAAAUCCUUGCGUUCAGUAAAUGGCUCAAGAAGAAACAGUGGCUCCUCCCUUGUAUCUAGUUCAUCAGCUUCUAGCAACCUCAGCCAUCUCGAAGAAGACUCCUGGAUUCUUUGGGGAAGAAUUGUAAAUGAAUGGGAAGAUGUAUGCAAAAAGAAAGAAAAGCAAAUUAAGGAGCUUGUUCGAAAAGGGAUACCCCAUCAUUUUAGAGCAAUAGUUUGGCAGCUUUUAUGCACUGCUCAAAGCAUGCCAAUAAAGGAUCAAUAUUCAGAGCUUUUGAAAAUGACUUCUCCUUGUGAAAAACUGAUAAGAAGGGACAUUGCUAGAACAUAUCCUGAACAUGAUUUUUUUAAAGAAAAAGACAGUUUUGGGCAGGAGGUUUUAUUUAAUGUUAUGAAGGCUUAUUCUUUAGUGGAUCGUGAGGUUGGAUACUGUCAAGGAAGUGCUUUUAUAGUUGGACUGCUGCUUAUGCAGAUGCCAGAAGAGGAAGCAUUUUGUGUGUUUGUCAAAUUAAUGCAAGAUUAUAGACUUCGAGAACUCUUUAAACCAAGUAUGGCUGAGCUGGGCCUUUGUAUGUACCAGUUUGAAUACAUGAUACAGGAGCAACUACCAGAGCUUUAUGUGCACUUUCAGUCUCAGAGUUUCCAUACUUCUAUGUAUGCUUCAUCAUGGUUUUUAACUAUCUUUCUUACAACUUUUCCACUACCAAUUGCAACAAGAAUAUUUGAUAUCUUUAUGUCUGAGGGUUUAGAAAUAGUAUUUCGAGUAGGUUUAGCAGUUCUUCAGAUGAACCAAGCAGAAUUAAUGCAACUUGACAUGGAAGGGAUGUUACAGCACUUUCAAAAGGUCAUUCCACAUCAGUUUGACAGUGGCCCAGACAAACUAAUCCAAGCAUCUUACCAAGUCAAAUACAAUGCAAAAAAGAUGAAAAAGUUAGAAAAGGAAUACACUACAAUAAAAACUAAAGAAAUGGAAGAACAAGUUGAAAUUAAAAGAUUACGAACAGAAAACCGACUCUUAAAACAGCGCAUUGAAACACUAGAAAAAGAAAGUGCUUCCUUGGCAGAUAGAUUGAUACAGGGACAAGUGACAAGGGCCCAGGAGGCUGAGGAAAACUACCUCAUAAAACGGGAGCUAGCCACCAUCAAACAGCAGAGUGAUGAGGCCAUUACUAAACUGGAGCAAGCUGAGAAUACCAUCAGGGAGCUCCAGCAGCAACAAUGGCAUAAAUGCAGUUCCCGCUACAGUGAAGACUUUGUGCUACAGCUGGAAAAAGAGUUGGUCCAAGCCAGACUAAGUGAAGCGGAAUCCCAUUGUGCUCUGAAGGAGAUGCAAGAUAAGGUUCUAGAGAUGGAAAAGGUAAAUCAAAACCAGGAUCCUCAGUAUAAAGUAGCACUGUAAAUAACCACACAAGUCCCCAUAGUUUAGCUGCAUGAUUGUACUCCAAAAUCUAUCCUGUUCGGUUUCUAGCUCAUGGUUGCAAAAAACCUUCAAAAAUCUGAGAUGAAUGUAACCAAAAGCAAAGAUGUAUGCUUGAGCCUUCCGAGAUCUUGGUGCAAUACUCAGGUGUGAACAGUUCCCUUUCCUUUCAUUUCCAUGUGAUCACUUUGAAGUCUGGUGGUUCGUAUAAAUAUUUUGUUUCAUUAUUGAUCGUUUUGUCAAGCCUCAAGAUAGUGUCCAUCCAAUGCUUGGACUACUGGUAGAUAUUGAUGCAGGGCAUAGCUAGCUGCUGACAAAGGUAUCUGUAAUGAGAAAUUCAAGCUCUCCUCCUUUCCAAAUUUUGAAGUGCUUGUUCGGCAGAAAAAAUUCCUGGGUUACUUAGAGGAAAAAGAUGCCCCCUCAACUGUCUUAGUUUUGGUUUUGACAUCCAUCUCCCUCCUUUUUCAUGCGUAUUGAAAGUUACAAUUGUCCUCUAAUGAUCAACUGUCAAAAUAUCCAGCUUCCUUUGCAGAACAAAAAUCUACAGCAUAUCAAAAAUUGGCAGAAUAAGAUGGAAUAAUCCCAAAUGAUAUAACUGAUUUGAUGUACUGGUUGGGGGACUAGGCAGUCCCACGGAUACAGGAUUGUAGUAUGGCUGUCUGCCUCUCAAAGGGUCUGUUGAAGCAGGGAACAGCAAGCCCUUGCAGAAGUUGGGAACAAACCAACCAGCAGAUAAUGACUGACUGAUUCCCAGUGGGAAGAUAUAAGUGAGGAUACAGCUCUGUAAGGGUGGGGGAACAGGGGAGAGACAGACAUUUCCCUGACCAGCAGCAGAAGAUUGUAACAGGUUGGGUAGGCCCAAUGGUCCCCCUGAGGCUAAGGGGAGGGCAUGAUCUCUUGAGCUUCUGGGGUGUAAAGGACCAUGCAGUAUCAGGCUAGGUCAGGACUAUCCCCUUUUGUUACUUUUCUAUAUAGCUUGCAUUUGUGUGGCAGAAGAAUAAAAGCCUGCAUAAAAGGCUAAAACAGAGGUGGCUGUGGCUGACUGUUUUGUCCCCAAGCUGGUGGACAGACCCACCAGAUUACAGGACUUUAAUCAAAACUUAUAUUUUAGGCAAAGUAAGACCUGGAGUACAGUGUUUUUAAAAGUAAAAUCUUGACUCAACAGGUAAAUCAAAUUAUCUGGAAGGCUUGGCCUGUGUGUGGUGGGGUAAGAUGCAUAAAACAUUAAUGUGUUCAAAUAAGAAUUCAUGGUCUGAGGGUCCUACCCCAAAAUUCAGAUGAGCAUUUUACCUAUAUUUAAUCCUCUUCAGACAUGGACAUGAUAUUUUCUUUAAAUUAAAAAUUCAGUGUACAUCUGAAAAAAGGAGUUAUAACCAUAACUGAUAAAACCCAGUUUUAGGAAAUAACUUCAUAAAGUUACAGCAUCUCUGGACUGGAGCAUAUACACUUGGAUGAGAGAACAUAAAAUAACCAAAAGUUGCUUUGACUACUGCAGUCUACUAUCUUUAGACCAUAUAGGCUGGGAAAAAAUUAAUUUUCCCGAGAUUUACACUGACGCACUAAUAGUUCAGGAGCC